GUACUAGUGUAGCUUUUUGGUCAACGUCUUCCUUCCAACUGAGUAGAAUAACAGACAAAGUGGCAUCGUCAGUCUGUAUCUCUUCGUCAAUGGAUGCUACACUAUCAAGCUCCCAUUCUCUCUCUAGGUUUUCAGAGACUAUUCCCUCUGCUUUUCAGUCCAUUCGACCAACUAACAAGCCUGGUUCGGGGUCUCUGCGAACGAGUUACUUCGGCUGCCGCUUCCUCAACCUGACGCUUGCCCGUGCCCAACAAGAGGAUGACAAUGAUAAUGGGUUUCCUGUUUCUGAAGGCACUUUUUCUUGGUCACAGGAUAAUUCAGAUCAAAGACAAGGAAAUGAGGUUAGUUUGGAUCAAUCAACAAAGUCCGUUACACCCCCUGAUCUCAGCUCGACUGGUGGAGGUACACGGGCUGGGCUUUUCCGAACUCCCAUAUCUGGAGGUGUACAAAGUGCAACCUCAGCUCAUGGCCUACCUAAACCUGCCUUAGCUGUUCGCAACUUAAUGGAGCAGGCUAGGUUUGCUCAUUUAUGCACCGUUAUGUCUCGGAUGCAUCAUCGACGAGAAGGUUACCCAUUUGGCUCACUCGUAGAUUUUGCACCAGAUCCCAUGGGACACCCAAUAUUUUCAUUCUCACCGUUAGCUAUACACACAAGGAACCUGCUAGCUGACCCUAGAUGCACACUGGUUGUACAGAUCCCGGGUUGGAGUUGUUUAUCUAAUGCAAGGGUAACAAUAUUCGGUGAUGUCUAUCCUCUCCCGGAAGAUCAACAGGAAUGGGCACAUAAGCAGUAUAUAUCAAAACAUCAGCAAGGAGCUUCUCAACAAUGGGGAAACUUCUAUUACUUUCGCAUGCAAAAUAUAAGUGAUAUAUAUUUCAUUGGAGGCUUUGGAACAGUUGCUUGGGUGGAUGUCAAGGAUUAUGAAACUUUGCAGCCUGACAAGAUUGCUAUUGAUGGAGGUGAACAAAAUCUUAAGGAGCUAAAUGCAAUUUUUUCAAAGCCUCUAAAAGAUCUCUUGUCGCGAGAAGCUGAGAUGGAUGAUGCUGCCAUAAUAUCAGUAGAUAGCAAGGGAACUGAUAUCCGUGUCCGCCAGGGUGCACAGUUAAACAUUCAGAGAAUAUCUUUUGAAGGAGGUCAUUCCGUUGAAACACUAGAAGAAGCAAAAGCAGCACUGUGGAAACUGGUAAAUGGAGGUCGAUUGUACAAUAUGGAGAAAUGAAAUUACCAUUACAGAAUGCGUUUGCAACUCAAGGAUGUCAGAAGACUAGGUGAAAUAGUCAUGUGUGCUAGAAUAGUUGUGUUGCAAGACUCAGAUCAUUAUAUUUUCCCGGGGAAGCAGGAACUUGUAAAACUUGCAAAGGUUAGGGGCGUCUGUGAGUGUGGUUUUUAUUUAUUUUAUUUAUCAGAAAACGUAACUCGUCCACCUAAUUCUAUGGUUUCAUUGCAGAUGGGGCCUCCCAAGCAUCUGAAAUAUUUUGGUAUAAAUCUAGCCAAUGCGAAACUCACUCUUUUUUUUUAUUUGGUGAAAUAUUUUGGUAUAAAUCUUUAUGAUUCAUGUGCCUGGAACCUUAUUGAACUGCCGGCUUGGAAACCAGUAAAAUGAACAAUUGUGCACUUUAGUUACGAAAGUCA